UUCGUCCGUAAGGUCAGUUUCCCGAGCAUUCGGGUGGCUCCGGUCCACUGUGAAGAAGACAGGAGGUCGGGUAGAAUCCCUGGUUAGUCUACUCGAAGGAAAAAGUUUCCAAACGAUGCUCGCCUUUGUCGCCCUGUUCGCCCCGCUGCUCGCCGUGGCGCGCGGGUUCGGUAGCGGGGCGCCCACCAUGGCGUGUACGGCGAUGACUCCGCAGCACUCCCCGCACGGCUGGCAGACUGUUCCCGCUCCCUUCCGGAUCACCACGGACUCGCACACCUACACACCCGGAUCGCCGAUCAGAGUGACCAUCAGCGGGCCAAGCGGGUUCAAAGGUUUCAUGCUGCAGGCCCGCAGUCCGUUCGCCACCGGUACCAACCCUGUGGGCGCUGUUGGCGUUUUUCAGAUAGACGGGACUAACGACUGA